AUGCUGUUGAUGAUCUAUGAGGGCUGCGAGAAGGGUGUUAUUUCUACACCCUACAACCACAACCACAACCACAACCUCAACCACAACCUACAACCACAACCCACAACCACAACCUUAUCGUCAACCACACCCUCAACCACAACCACAACCUACAACCACAACCUACAACCACAACCGCAACCCACAACCCUAACCUUAGCGUCAACUCCACCCUCAACCACAACCUACAACCCCAGCCUACAACCACAACCUCAACCACAACCCACAACCCCAACCUUAGCGUCAACCCCACCCUCAACCACAACUUACAACCACAACCAUAACCUACUACCACAACCACAACCUACAACCACAACCGCAACCCACAACCCUAACCAUAGCGUCAACUCCACCCUCAACCACAACCUACAACCCCAGCCUACAACCACAACCUCAACCACAACCCACAAGCCCAACCUUAGCGUCAACCCUACCCUCAACCACAACUUACAACCACAACCAUAA